UUGCUUAGUUCCGCGUUUCCAUUUUCGCACCUUCAAAACAAAGUUCAAAAUCCUGAAACAUUCAAGAAGCUUUUACUGGUUGUACAUCGUCAGUCCUGCUGUACAUGUGAACAGACACUUCAGUUACAGUGAGCACAUAGAUCUGUGAUGGCCAAUACUGAUUUUCGUUUGCAAUUUCAAGAAUUUGAAGAUGAUGAGGGAUUCAUAGAACGUAAUCAAGGUGCGACAACGGUGACCAUCGAUGACCCCAUCAAAUCUCGAAAGCAACGAAAAGCUAUUGGAACUGAUUUUGAGGAAGAGGACAACGAUGACAAAACUGAGCUUCUGUCCGGUGAAAAAAAGAGUCCACCCUUCUGGACGUUUGAGUACUACCAAACAUUAUUCGAUGUGGACAGUCAUCAGGUAAGGAACAGAAUAAUUGGUUCAGUUCUGCCUUGGCCUGGAAAAAACUUUGUUGAGGUGUAUUUACGGAGUAACCCGGACCUGUAUGGACCUUUCUGGAUCUGUGCAACUCUUGUUUUUGUCAUCGCUAUUAGUGGAAACAUGUCCAGUUUUCUUGUCAACUACAGUCAGCCAAAGUUCAAAUACGUGCCAGACUUCAGGAAAGUAACUAUGGCAGCCACAGCAAUUUACAGCUAUGCAUGGUUAGUGCCUUUAGCUCUAUGGGGUGUUCUCACUUGGCGAAAUACGAAGAUCACAAGCCUGGUGUCCUACUCCUUCAUGCAGAUACUCUGUGUCUAUGGUUACUCGCUCUCCAUCUACAUCCCAUCUGCGAUUUUGUGCAUAAUACCAAGUGAAGGGUUGAGGUGGUGCUCCAUCGUGGUGGCUUUGUGUCUCUCAGGAUCUGUGCUGGUUAUAACAUUCUGGCCAGCCAUCAGGGAUGAUAAACCAAGAAUUACCAUUGCAAUUAUUUCUACCAUUUUGAUUCUUCACGCCCUACUUGCAAUUGGUUGCAAGGCUUUCUUCUUCAGUACAUAUGAGAUGGAACAAACUGAGCCAUUAAAAGCGAGCAACAAUUCAUCCACAAAGGCAAACUGAAUUACAGCCCUGGGUAAAUACAGGACUUCAGUGAGGUGGCACUCUCUCAUGUGCUUUGACUGCUGAACUGUUUUAAUAAUGAUGAAAUGGCAUAGAAAUGCCAGCACUUUUAGAUGAGCCAAGUGUCAUUUGAUUGCAGCAGCUGAUGGGAAAAUAAGAUUUGCAUUUGGUGAGAUGUUAACAUGAGACGACGCUUCCUGUACAUAAUCUGUGCUCUUCGAGAGACUGUUAUUCUUCUGUAAUUGCAGCGUCUCCUCUUGCCUUAUUAGAGCGAAUCGGGUAUCUUGAUAAUGAGAUUGUGGGCUGUCUGGAUUUCUUCAUCUUCAUGUAGUCUGUGAAGGUCAAAAAUUUGUUUUGGUAUGUUUAUGUUUGUAGGUGAGCAGCGAAACCUCGAGAUACUCAUCUACAACAUGUUUGAUGUUUUCUGAUUGGAGGUUCAGAAACAUGUUACUGUUACAAAAUAGAGGACAUGUAUAUACGGUGUAGCUGUUGUUUAAAUAUUUAUGUGAUAAUUGAGCUUGAGAUGGGUUUCAAAGGGUCACUCUCCUGUUUCUACCACUUUGGAACGUGUACAUGUACUUAAAAUGUUUUAACACUAACUACAAAGCCAACAGAAAAAAAGGGAUGGAAAAAUAAAAUAAAUUAUGAGUUGAAUUGCACAUACAAACAAAAGCUGAUUACAUAUUUUAAUUGUAAUAAAGUUGGAAAUCAAAACUAGA